GCAGUGCAGGUGCCGCUGCGCCGGGGCCCGGGAGGCUGCGCGCCGAGCCGAGCGGAGCCAGGGAGGGAUGGAGAGCGGGCCGCCCGGGCUGCAGGAGCACCGGCAAGGGGUGUAGGCGGGCGAGAAGCGGGCGCUGGGGCACAAUAAGAGUGCAGACGCAGGAGCACUUUGCGAUAGGAUGAGGCUCUUGGCUGGCGCGCGGUAGUACUAUGAUUUGGUAUGUGGCCACUUUGAUAGCAAGUGUGAUCAGCACCCGAGGUCUUGCGGCUCAAGGUGCCCACGGCCUGCGAGAGGAACCUGAGUUUGUGACUGCUCGUGCCGGUGAGGGUGUUGUCCUGAGAUGCGACGUGAUCCAUCCAGUGACGGGACAGCCCCCACCCUAUGUUGUAGAGUGGUUCAAGUUUGGGGUCCCCAUCCCUAUCUUCAUCAAGUUUGGCUACUAUCCCCCACACGUGGACCCUGAGUAUGCAGGCCGGGCCAGUCUUCACGAUAAAGCAUCUCUGCGGCUGGAGCAGGUGCGCUCAGAGGACCAGGGCUGGUACGAAUGCAAAGUCCUCAUGCUGGACCAGCAGUAUGACACAUUCCACAACGGCAGCUGGGUCCAUCUCACCAUUAACGCCCCUCCCACCUUUACAGAAACACCCCCCCAGUACAUUGAGGCCAAGGAAGGUGGAAGUAUUACCAUGACUUGCACUGCUUUUGGCAACCCUAAGCCCAUCGUCACCUGGCUCAAGGAAGGGACCCUCCUCGGUGCUAGUGGAAAGUACCAGGUGAGUGACGGUAGCCUGACAGUGACAUCAGUCAGUCGGGAAGACCGAGGCGCCUAUACCUGCCGAGCAUAUAGCAUCCAGGGUGAGGCUGUGCAUACAACCCAUCUGCUUGUUCAAGGGCCUCCCUUCAUUGUCUCCCCUCCUGAGAACAUCACCGUCAACAUCUCCCAGGAUGCUCUGCUUACCUGCAGGGCAGAGGCGUAUCCCGGCAACCUCACCUACACCUGGUACUGGCAGGAUGAGAACGUCUACUUCCAGAAUGACCUGAAGCUAAGGGUGCGGAUCUUGAUUGAUGGGACACUGAUCAUCUUUCGAGUGAAGCCAGAGGAUGCUGGAAAGUAUACCUGUGUCCCUAGCAACAGCCUUGGGCGCUCCCCCUCUGCCUCAGCAUACCUGACUGUGCAGUACCCAGCCCGUGUCCUCAACAUGCCCCCUGUAAUUUAUGUGCCCGUGGGAAUCCAUGGCUAUAUCCGUUGUCCUGUGGAUGCAGAGCCACCUGCUACUGUGGUGAAGUGGAAUAAGGAUGGCCGGCCACUGCAGGUAGAGAAGAACUUGGGUUGGACCUUGAUGGACGAUGGCUCUAUUCGCAUUGAGGAGGCCACAGAGGAGGCUCUUGGCACUUACACGUGUGUGCCUUACAACACUUUGGGGACCAUGGGCCAGUCUGCCCCCGCACGGCUUGUCCUGAAGGACCCCCCGUAUUUCACGGUGCUACCAGGCUGGGAGUACAGGCAGGAGGCCGGCCGGGAGCUGCUCAUCCCCUGUGCAGCGGCAGGGGACCCCUUCCCUGUCAUCACCUGGAGGAAGGUAGGGAAGCCCAGCAGAAGCAAGCACAACGCCCUGCCCAGCGGGAGUCUCCAGUUUCGUGCCCUGAGUAAGGAGGACCACGGGGAGUGGGAAUGUGUUGCCACCAAUGUGGUCACAAGCAUCACUGCCAGCACUCACCUCACUGUUAUCGGCACCAGUCCUCACGCUCCAGGCAGUGUCCGGGUCCAGGUCUCCAUGACAACUGCCAAUGUGUCUUGGGAGCCAGGCUAUGAUGGAGGCUACGAGCAGACAUUCUCAGUUUGGUACGGACCUCUGAUGAAGCGGGCUCAGUUUGGGCCCCACGACUGGCUGUCCUUGUCAGUACCACCGGGGCCCAGCUGGUUGCUGGUAGACAGCCUGGAGCCUGAGACUGCAUACCAGUUCAGUGUCUUGGCCCAGAACAGGCUGGGAACCAGCGCCUUCAGUGAGGUGGUCACUGUGAACACUUUAGCAUUCCCUGUUACAACUCCAGAACCUCUGGUGCUGGUGACCCCACCAAGGUGCCUCACAGCCAACCGGACCCAGCAGGGUGUGCUCCUGUCCUGGCUCCCACCUGCCAACCACAGCUUCCCCAUUGACCGAUACAUCAUGGAGUUCCGAGUUGGGGAGCGCUGGGAGAUGCUGGAUGAUGCCAUUCCAGGCACCGAUGGAGACUUUUUUGCCAAGGAUCUGUCACAGGAUACAUGGUAUGAGUUCCGGGUUUUGGCUGUCAUGCAGGAUCUGAUCAGUGAACCCAGCAACAUCGCCGGUGUCUCCAGCACAGACAUCUUCCCACAGCCGGACCUGACUGACGAUGGGCUGGCCCGGCCGGUGUUGGCUGGGAUAGUGGCCACCAUCUGUUUCCUGGCGGCUGCCAUCCUCUUCAGCACUCUGGCCGCCUGCUUUGUCAACAAGCAGCGCAAGCGCAAACUCAAGCGGAAGAAAGAUCCUCCGCUGUCCAUCACUCACUGUAGGAAGAGUCUUGAGUCUCCCUUGUCCUCUGGCAAGGUGAGUCCUGAGAGCAUCCGCACACUCCGAGCCCCUUCUGAAUCCUCUGACGACCAGGGCCAGCCUGCAGCCAAGAGGAUGCUGAGCCCCACGAGGGAGAAAGAACUGUCCUUGUACAAAAAGACCAAGAGGGCCAUCAGCAGCAGAAAGUAUAGUGUGGCCAAGGCUGAGGCCGAGGCUGAGGCCACCACCCCCAUUGAGCUGAUCAGCAGAGGCCCCGAUGGCCGCUUUGUCAUGGGCCCCUCUGAGAUGGAGCCGUCGGUGAAGGGCCGGCGGAUCGAGGGCUUUCCCUUUGCAGAGGAGACGGACAUGUACCCUGAGUUCCGGCAGUCGGAUGAGGAGAAUGAAGACACACUGGUGCCCACGUCUGUGGCUGCUCUGAAGCCCCAACUGACCCCUAUGUCUUCCAGCCAGGAAUCUUACCUGCCACCACCAGCAUACAGCCCUCGGUUCCAGCCUCGUGGGCUUGAGGGUCCCAGUGGACUGAGAGGACGACUUCAGGCUACUGGCCAAGCGAGGCCCCCUGCCCCUCGGCCCUUCCACCAUGGCCAGUAUUAUGGGUACCUGAGCAGCAGCAGCCCUGGGGAGGUGGAGCCUCCACCCUUCUAUAUGCCAGAAGUGGGCAGCCCCUUGAGCUCAGUCAUGUCUUCCCCACCCCUGCACACCGAGGGGCCUUUCGGCCACCCCACCAUCCCUGAGGAAAAUGGAGAGAAUGCUUCCAACAGCACUUUGCCCUUGACUCAGACACCUACAGGAGGCCGCUCCCCUGAGCCCUGGGGCCGGCCAGAAUUUCCCUUUGGGGGACUGGAGACCCCAGCCAUGAUGUUCCCCCAUCAGCUGCACCCCUGUGAUGUGCCCGAGAGUUUGCAGCCCAAGGCCUGCCUGCCCCGAGGACUGCCCCCAGCCCCCCUCCAGGUGCCUGCAGCCUAUCCAGGCAUGCUAUCUCUGGAGGCGCCAAAGGGCUGGGUAGGCAAGUCACCCGGCAGGGGCCCCAUUCCGGCGCCCCCUGCGACCAAGUGGCAGGACAGACCUAUGCAACCUCUGGUCAGCCAAGGGCAGCUAAGACAUACCAGCCAAGGUAUGGGGAUACCGGUGUUGCCUUACCCCGAGCCAACCGAGCCCGGGGGGCACGGUGGCCCCAGCACAUUUGGCCUGGACACCCGGUGGUAUGAGCCCCAGCCCCGGCCCCGGCCCAGCCCCCGGCAGGCCCGGCGUGCCGAGCCCAGUUUACAUCAAGUGGUGCUACAGCCCUCCCGGCUCUCACCUCUGACCCAAAGCCCCCUCAGUUCCCGUACUGGCUCCCCUGAGCUCGCUGCUCGUGCCCGACCUCGACCAGGCCUGCUGCAGCAGGCUGAGAUGUCAGAGAUCACCCUACAGCCGCCAGCCGCGGUCAGCUUCUCUCGCAAGUCCACGCCGUCCACGGGAUCUCCUUCACAGAGCAGCCGCAGUGGGAGCCCCAGCUACAGGCCCACCAUGGGCUUCACUACUCUGGCCACAGGCUACCCUUCUCCUCCUCCGGGCCCUGCCCCUCCUGCACCAGGGGACAACUUGGAUGUUUUUGGACAGACGCCUUCCCCUCGCAGAAUGGGGGAGGAGCCACUCCGGCCAGAGCCCCCAACAACCUUACCUAGUUCAGGAAUACUUCCACCUGCAUCCGGGAACGCUGCUGUGCCUGAGAGGCUGGAGGCUCUGAGAUACCAACGGAUAAAGAAGCCCAAAAAGUCACCCAAGGGCUCUUCGAAGUCAAAGAAACGAUCCGACGGUUCUGCCUCCCAGGCUCAGCAGCUUCCCAACUCUCAGGUUCUGUGGCCCGACGAAGCUGUCUGCCUCCGAAAGAAGAAGAGACACUCUCGUCCUGACCCCUUUGCCCGGCUUUCGGACUUGUACCACCGUCAGCUUCCAGAAGACCAGACGGCGAUCCUCAACAGCGUGGAUCAUGAUGACCCAGGCCACGCUACUCUGCUAUGACUUGACGUCUCUCUAAGUGUCCCCAGGGAGGGGUGCUAGGCUAAGGGGGCAGAGAGGGACCAUUGUACAGGGCCUUGUCCUCCUCUGCCCAUCAUGGGAUAGCUCAGGCCCUUGUCCUGUGUGUGUUCCCUCUUGCCAGUGGGCCUCUCCCUCAUAAUCUCGCUGGCUAGCCUUGCCCACAGGACAGAGGACUGGGGGAAGAGCUUUUUACCUGUGGGUCAGUUGAGAGUGUAUGAGGACAGGGAACAUCUGACUCAACACCACUUCUCCCACUUUACUAGAUUCUUCUCACCUCUUCAAAUGUCUUAGGAAGUGAAGAAGAGGAAAUCAAUGGCUUUUACUACUCUGCGUUUGUUUCAGUUUUCCAAGUCCUGGGAGGGGGUUAGAAUUACAUCCUGUCCUCCAAACUCCACAUAUAUAUAGAUAUAGAUACAAAUACACUUGUGUGUAGUUGGUGGGUUUCUCUAUGUGUAUAUAUAUGUACAUUGAAGCAAAGUACUGUUUCUCCCUGUGCUCGGUGAAGGACUGAGGAAGGUACUGAACAGCUGGGCUUGGUGAGCAGGGUGGGCUGUGGGCUGGUGGCUACCCUCAUGUCUGUCUUGGGAGGAGAUCAUUCCAGCUGAAGCAGGAUUCAUGCCUCUCAGCUGAAUUCACCAUUGUUCUAACCUUUCCCGUCUAGAGCAGAAAUGGGGCCUUGCCAUGAUUCCUAGCUCCCUGCUUGAGGGGGUUAGCAACAAGUUACCCCUGAACUAAACCCAAGCCUUUAUUGCCUGCUUGCUGGGUCAGGCUCAAGGCCAGACUGGCAUCUUCCUUUCUUCUGCAGUUUGGCACUCACCAUACAAGUAGUGGUGGUUUAACAGCGGGGCUGACAGGCCGGCCUGGUGUAUAGCCCCAUUCAUGUGGUCAUGCAUUGGUCUCUUCUGGUCCAGCCAGGGCUAGGAGCCCUGCAACCAAAGGCCCUCCUGUUCUGUAGCCACCUGUGCUGAGCACCAAGCUGCCACAGCUCUAUUUAUACCCCUCUUGGCUCUGAACUCAGAGCACUGCUCCCCCGCGGCCCCUUGGCUCCUCCUUUCCUUUUGUGUCUGCUAAUUCUCCAGAUUGAUUAAUUGCCAUUUGUGGAAGCUGUCUGCGGCUCCUUGGCAUACCCUCUGUGUGCUGCCUGCCAACUCUGCUUUGCUCCGGGGUCCUUCUCCACCCCCUGGACCCAGUCUCCAGUGCAUGGAUGAAGAAGUGAGGGUACCUUUGAUGGUUGAGUUCCGGGGUGCUCUUUCUUCCCUGCUCCUAUGUGGUGCUGGCUGAGGCACAGGAAUGAUUUGGAAGGAGUGAUGGGCAGGCACCAGGGCCCUAAUCCUUUCUCUGUACAAAUCCUUGGUUCAAACUGUCAGUACUUGGAAGUUUUCCUGAUUCCGUUUGUCAAUUCAGAUACUUCUCUCUCUCUCCUUAAAAGGUUAUGGUUUUGCUCAAGAGUAGAAAAGGCAGAGAGUGGGCCCGCCCUCUCCUUCUCUCCUACUUUGUCUGAAGUAGUGGUAACUGCCAGCUUCCUGGAAGUAUUCCUUCUUGGUGCUGAUGUAUUCGUCUCUCCCCAGUGACCUCCUCGGGCAUUAGUCAUGACUACUGGAAGGCUUCUGCUGGUCCCACAGAAGCUGCCAGUCACUUGGCCUAGUGACUUUGAUGAGGUCCCAGGGGCUAGGAAACUGACCUUUCUUAGCGCUUCCAUCUUGGGGGAUCAACUGCAUCCCUGCAUCCAGGCCUUGGUGCUUCCUUCUCUUUCCCAGUGAGCUAGAGACGGACUCCGUACUUGAGGCUUCACCACACAAGCCACACUCGGCAGCAUUCUUCCGGACAUAUGGGGAAAAGAGGUGCUGAGGGCAGAGUUUCUCUUGCUCUGAGAUUAGGCCAUGUACCUCAGACCGUCCAACCGAUGUGAUUCUCAGAGGUGUUGGAGAGCACUUGACCUCUGGACCUCAACUCCGUCAAAAUAGAAGAGUUGAGUUGGAAGACUUUUUCAGAAGUGGGCCACUGCUUCUGCCACUGUGCCACACCGGGCUGCUCCCUCAAGUGUCUCCUGGGGCUGUCGGGAACAAGUCUACUUGAAAUACUGGGGUAGUAUUUGGAGGCUCACAGUGGUCUAGUCUGUGGACUUUGCCUGUUCUCUCACAGCGUGUGUUUCCUGAACCAUGGAGUAUAAAAGUAGGUUGUUGGGGCUGGUAGACUUUGUACUAAACUUGGCCAAGUGUUCAGAGGACCCUCCGGGGAAUUCUGGCUCUGAUACUGUUUGGGCCUUGAGGUUAGAAUGAAGGAGAAGUUGAAGUGGAAGACUGCUUCUUUUGGAUGUUGUAGAGCCAAGAGCCAAACCUUGUGGGCUGAGAUGCCUCAGUCCAUGGCUGGGCUUGUAGGCUGGGCUAACCAAGGUGCUGACUUCUUCCUCUUCUUGCUUCUGGCAGUGCCCCUUGCCUCUGCCUAGCUGACCAAAUGGUAGACACUGCUUGUGACUGGCCCCUGGGUGGCAGUUGUGCUAUUUGUCCCCUGGACCAGAAGGGGCACAAGGUCUAUCCAUUCCAAAGUGGCCUCUGAUGCAUUCUUCUUGUGACUUUUCUUGGAGGCCAACAGCAUUCCUGCACUUUGGGAAACUGUUUCAGCCCUUCCUUUGGUGGCUGCAAAGCAAACUGGUAGGAUACAGUCCCCACGGUCAAUGUGAUUAUCAGGGUGUCUUAGGCCCACUCUCAAGUGCUGGAUCUGGGCACAUGUUUGACAGUCUGGGUAGAGAUGUGUGAUGUUGGGGUGUAUCCACUUCUAGGGACCAAUGACCUUUACACUCUGCCUUUGAACUUGGUAGUGACUGCUAUGAGCUUCCUGGGGCUUUCACCCUCCUUGCUGUGGGAGAUCAUGUCUUCCAAAGCCUCCCUUUGCAUCUGGUAGCCUUGCAGAAGUAACCCAGUUCAAAACCUAUUCAAAUUGUACUCAAAUUUUUUUCUGUCUUUUCCUCCUGCACCUUGACUGGAAAUGCUAUCUCAGUGUUUAAAACACAAUCCAGAAAGAGAGUAAACUGGUUCUCUAAGGGGCCAGAAAGACUGCAAUUUGGGGGAGAGAAGAUGAAAACUAAGUGAACUUCUUUAUUUGGUGACUGACCAUGCAGAGCUUCGCUUUAAGGCUCUAAGUGGAAUUCUGUGCAUCCAUGGUCAUUGGUGGCUGUUGUCCACCACCUGAGGCUGGUCCCUCCCUAAUUGCCAGCCUAUCUUCUCCCGUUUUCUUAGAGGGACUAGGAUAGGAGAGAAGAGGUCCUCAGAGAUUCUUUCUCAGUGGACAGGGUGUUGUAUAGCACAGCAUGAGCAGGAGGAGAAAAGAAAGGAGUCUCACAUCUCAACCUUACCCAGUUCUCUCUGUAUAAAAAGGGCAGAAGAAUGAACAAUUAAAAUCUGUUCAACCUCAAAUAGUUUAGAUCACUGUGCAGAAACCAAGGGAGAACACAUUGGAAAAAUGUCAGUAAGUAACUGUUCUACUCUACCCUGCUGAAAUCUCCCCCAAAUGCAUGAGAUUGGUGUGAUUGGUACAUCCUAGUUUCAGGGGGAGGCAUCCCAGAACAUUAGAGCAUCUUAGUUGCUUCCUAGGAUCUGUAUUUGAGGCUGAGGUGUGUGUAGCUUGAGCCAAUUCUUCUAAUCUUGAUAGCAAAACCCUUUAGAGGGCUUGGGGUGGGCUGGGAGAAUUGUAGGUAAGGGCAUUUUAUUAGUAUGUAGAGAACUCUAGGAAUUGAAAAGCUAAUGGCUUGGACUUGCUUUGCUUGCAUGUAAAAGUGCUUUGGGGGGCACUGCAGGACUUGGGGGUAAGAGGAUAGAGUCAAGAGCAGGGGUGGGGGGUAUAGGGAGGUACCAUUAAUGCUUUCUCUGGGAUCCUGGGCAUUUCCACUAGUGCCCCUUGUCUUGGCCCUACCCUCUCUGCAGUCUCCGAGACAAUGGAGGCUCAGAGUCUUGUGGAUUACCUCUGUCUCUUGGGAAGAGCCUCAGGAAGAGCCUAAGUAGCUAUUCUGUCUGGGAAACAGUAGUUGACAGGGCAAGUGUGAUUCAGGAAGAGAAGUUAGAGGGUUGAACCAUGGAGAGAAGGCUUGAUUGUGAUCAGGUAUGUGAGACUGAGAGGGAUGGAGUAUUAAAUCCAUUGUAGAGAGUACAGGAAUCCUGGGAUGAUGAGGUUAAAGCCCAAACAACACACCAACCUUCCAGUUCUCUUUAUGGCCACUCUACUAUCCCAGAUGACAGUGCAGAUGGUUGGGGGCGGGUCCUCACGAGGAAAUGAGUAACUGCCAGGGAGGGUCAUGAGGAGCAGGUACCCCUGAUGUGGGAAAGAUGUAGCCACGGAGACCACGUUGGGGGCAGGGCCUGGUAAGCAGGCCCAGACUGGAUCACAGAAGAACUCUUGCUUAAGGCAGGGCUUUUCUGCGUGUAGAACUGGCCUCUAACACUGAGUGCCGAAUAGAUUUUUUUUUUUAAUUCAGUGUUUUUUUGUUUUUUUUUUUUUUCUGUUUGUGGAACUUCUCUGGUGAACACUGGGAGACUGGCAUUCACAUGCCACCAGUAACUGCUUUCCGGUGGGGAGAGAAGGUUGGUUUUAGGAGCUUGGUGCCCAUUCUCCUGGCAGCUGUGUCACAUUGUGCUUCUUCUCGUCUGUGUCUGAAAAUGCCCAUCGGAUAUUGGUGCUGAUGGUGGACAGGAGGCGGGCCCUCCGGACUUGCCAGUCUUUCUUGAGCGGUAGAGAAUUUCUUCAUCCUAGAGGCUACACAGUGGCCUGGUGUCUAGAGGUUUUGCCUUCAAUUUCUCUUCCUUUGAUAGGUUACAUUUACCGCACUGUAGCUAAGAGAGUGAAGUAAUUUCAUCUGAAAUCAGAGACCAUCUAUCCUCUUCUCCUUAAUGUAUCCAACUUCCUCUUGGAUCAAGAGGAAUAACAGAAAAUUUCUUUAAGAGAAGUUGAUAAACGAAAAUCAAAGCUCUGGGUGGACUCUAGUAACUCUUACCAACUCAUGCAACCUGGUGUUUGCAUGGAGAUGGCUUGUAACUAUUUCACCUUUUGACGCUGAAUCAGCAUGAGUCCAGAGCCUUCUAUCUGGGCCCCUGUGUGUACUUCCAAAUAAGCCUUUCAGGAACAAAUACACUGUCCACACCAGAUGUUUGGUGUCUUGGAUUGCCAAGAGGGUAGAGUUCUUUUUUAUGACCUCAUUUAAAAUAAUAAUAAUAAAAAUCCCUAAUCAACUGAGUCUGAUCCAAAGACACUCCCAGGUCAUAGGGAUUUCUGUGUAGAUUAAAAAAUAAAUGCAUUAGCGCAAACCUUUUUAGUGGCUGGCCGUGCCUUAGGAGGGGAGAGUUGGGGUGUCCUAACUGCUAAGUAGUUGGGUAGAUCAGCAGCCAGCCAUAGAACCACUUGGACAUUCUCUUCUGCAGUGGGUUGGUUGCAGCAGUUAGGGAUUCUGAAGAGCACUGAUGAACAGUGAUCUGCUUUGGACCCCUGGUUAGGGAAUUCAACCAAAGCAGCACAAAGAACUCAGCUCGCAGCCAGGGCCAUGACUGUACCUUCCCCACCCACCUUAACUAGAUGGCAAGUGAUUGACAGGGCUUGUUCUUCUGAGUCCUGAGGAAAUGGAUCCCAUCAAUCCCAUCUCCCACUGGUGUUGGAUUUCUUGGAUCUGUUUCAGGAAGGAGAGCAAGCUCUUCCUCCACCCACAUUCUACCCUUGCGGCUCUGUUUCCUCCUUCUCUCCACUUGUGUGUGGCUCCAGGACCUCUGGCUUGUGCAUGGUCUGCAAUAGGGAGGUGGUUGGGUUGGGGAGAGAACUGGGGAGGGUGUAGGGGUUGGACUGGGGAAGGGAAUUUGCAUUUUCAACCUUAAAAAUACUGUAAGCAUGUUUUGGGGUGACCCGGGAUUUUCACAUAAACUAUGAUUAGGGAAAAUACCUGAUGCUCCUCCUAUGGGAGGAGGACUUAGGGGGCAUUUGGCUUCUUUUUGGCUUAGGGAUCUAUUUUAUUUGGUAGAGGAGAAUAAGCCUCCUCACAAUCACCCUGCAAACCUUAGAAGGGAAACUCAUUCUAUCCCUGAGUAUAUUGCCUACUGAGAACAAUUGAACAGUCUGUCACAGGUUGACCUUGCCCUAGCUGGGUUGGAGAAAUGGAAUGAUCACAUGUUUUUCUCCGUAGGUGUCAGGUUAUCUGCCUGGUCAUGAACCCCUGGCCAACUGUUUAUUCCAGUGUUCAGAAGUAAGUGUGUUAGAUAGGUGUGAGUAUCUGGGAUGGAUGUGGUGUGUGCACGGUAUCUGUGUGUGCAGUGUGUGUUUGCAGUGUGGUGUG